AAAGAAAACAUAAAUAAUCAAAAAUGAUAUCAUUGAAACUCCCAUUAGCUAUUGUUCUUCUCAUGAGUGGAACUCUAGUUCUUCCCUCUAACGCUCACGACGGACCAGAAGACUAUCUAAUACCACACGCAGAAGCCCGAAAGGCUGUUGGUCUUAAACCCUUAAUAUGGGAUAAGAAGUUAGAGGCGUAUGCGAAAGACUACACAAGUCAACGCAUUGGAGAUUGCGAGCUUGUCCAUUCGGAAGGGCCGUAUGGUGAAAACUUGGCAUGGUGCUCGGAUGAUCUUUCCGUGGCGGAUGCAGUGAAAAUGUGGACUGAUGAGGGGGCUGAUUAUGAUUAUAAUACUAACACCUGUUGUGAAGGGAAAGAAUGUGGUCAUUAUAAACAGGUGGUUUGGCGUGACACUACUUGUAUAGGGUGCGCUAAGGUCAGAUGCAAUAAUGGUGGAACCUUAAUUUCCUGCAACUAUGAUCCUCCUGGUAACUAUGAAGGACAAAAACCCUAUUGAUCGAUCAAUCAAUCUAUCAUUCAUUUUCUAUAAUCAGGGUUAAACGACUCAGUGAAUUAUAUUAUUUAGUCGUUAGAUUAUACUCCUGAUUGUAAAGAUUUAAUUAUAUAUUGCUGGGUUUAUCUCAGUUAUUGUAUUUAAUCAUUUGUUUAUUUUCCGUUAACUGCUAAUAAAACGUCGUCAUCGUUCUUAAUGAAUGUACAUGACAAUUAUGUAGCUUAAAAGGGUUAAUUAAUUA